GACAGGAAGAAGUUGUCUGCAGAGACACCAGCAUUAAAUUUUUUCAGUCUGUUCCACGUUAAGUUUUAAAUCACGUUUUGCGCAACAUUUAAAUUAUGUUUUAGCUAAAUAUUUCUAGUUCGACUGAAGAUUCGGAUGAAAAACGUUUAUGUUCUGACGUUCUGCACUUUUCACGCGGCUUUGAAUACAGCUCUAUAAUGGCGAUGCUACUUUUAAAUACCAUUAUUUUUACGUUACUGUGGAGUAUGUUGUGCGUUAAAGUUGAUGACAGUAUGGUAUUGAUUCCGGGUGGAAUCAUGAACAUGGGAACGAAUGCGGUUAAUGGCCGGGAUGGUGAAUCGCCUAUUAGAGCUGUGACCGUCGGGUCAUUUAAGAUAGACAAAUACCCUGUUACUAACUCCGAUUUCAGGGAGUUUGUCAAGUCACAAAAAUAUAAAACAGAGGCUGAAACAUUUGGUUGGAGUUUUGUAUUCCAGGACUUUGUGUCUGAGGAGAUGAAAAGCAAGAUCACACAGAAAAUUGAGUCUGCACCCUGGUGGUUACCAGUGGAGAAAGUGUUUUGGAGACAGCCCAGUGGACCAGGUUCUGGAAUAAGCAGUCAGCUAGACUGCCCUGUGGUUCAGGUUAGCUGGAACGAUGCACAGACCUACUGUAAAUGGAAAAAAAAGAGGUUGCCCACAGAAGAGGAGUGGGAAAUGGCUGCUCGGGGGGGGCUUGAUGGAAGGAUAUACCCAUGGGGAAACCAAAUUCACCAGAAUCGGUCCAACUUAUGGCAGGGGUCGUUCCCAGAUGGAGACACAGCAGAGGAUGGUUUUCAUGGCACAGCUCCUAUAACUGCUUUUCCCCCACAGAAUAAUUAUGGUUUAUUUGACAUGCUGGGUAAUGUAUGGGAGUGGACCGCCACACCUUUUCCUUCUGCUCAGACCAUGUAUGUCCUGCGUGGUGCAUCCUGGAUUGACACAGUUGAUGGAUCGGCCAAUCACAGGGCUCGUGUGACGACCCGAAUGGGCAACACGCCAGAUUCGGCAUCGGACAAUCUUGGCUUUCGCUGUGCUUCAGACUACAAGGCCAGGAAAGGCAGGAGCAAAGGAAGGACUGAGCUAUGAUUAACAGACAAUUAAAUAUAUGAUUCCCAUCAUGCAAUAUGGUAUUAAUAAUACGUUUCUCUCCCGUGGAGACCAGAAUAGACAUUACUUAUGGGAAUUAUUUCCACUAAACACUGUGGAAUAAAAAAAACAGCAUUUUAACACAAA